AUGGCGUCGUCCUCUUCUUCGUCGUCGUCGUCGAUGAUGAUGAUGAUGAUAAAAACGACGACGUCGUCGAAAAGAGAUUCAAAAAAUGUGUUUACCACUCAUCAUCAUCAAAAGCAAAGAGGAAGACAUCAUCAUCAUCAUCAUCGAGUAGCGGCGAUAUCCUCCUCUUCUUCUAAUAAGAAUAACGAUAACGGAGGAGGAGAGUACGAUUACAAGCAGUUCAUGCCGAUGAAAGAAGGAGAGCAAAACGAAGAAGUGUUACAAUCCACGGACGAGGAGAAAAUGGGCAGAGCUGCGCAAUACAUGAGAGAGUUGAUAAAGAGACAAGUGAGAUCGAACGACUUACCACGAGCUGGAUCGCUCACGGACUCGACCGUUUUGAGAAGGAAAGGUAGAUUAAAAGAGCAAGACGCUUUGAUUGAGUUCAUGGUCGAAAUGCACAAGACGCACACGACGGAAGAGGUUAUGCUAAAAGUAGAAGGAUGGAUCGAUGAAACGCUGCAACUCCCGAAAGAACGCAGACAGUUCACGAGAUUGCACAAAAUGGUCCCACAGGUUGGAUACUUUUUCCACUCGUUACCGCUUACGAAAGCGUUGAAAGAGUACGACGAGUUUUCGCAUUUGACGAAGAGACAGUACGUUUUGCCGAACUUUGCGGAGAUCAGACAUAUUUUGAACAUAGCGCAGGUGCACGUCUCGGCGAAGGACGUGAGGCUGGUUACUUUCGACGCUGACGGGACCUUGUAUCAAGACGGGAAACAUUUCGAAGACGACAAUAAAAUGAUUGAUAAGAUUAUUCAGCUGAUGGAGUUAGGAAUUCACGUCGCUAUUGUUACCGCGGCGGGAUAUCCAGGGCAGCCGGAGAAGUUUGAGGAAAGAACCAGAGGUUUGUUGGACCAGUUCAAAAAGCAAAAGUUACCGCCAAACAUCACGAAGUAUUUCCACGUCAUGGGUGGCGAAUGCAACUAUUUGUUGAACGUGAACGAAACUUAUGGGCUUCAAUUCGUGCCAAACGAGGAAUGGGCGACCGUAGAGCAGUACGGAUGGAGAGAAGGGAAGGAUUUGCAAGCUUUUUUGGACAGAGCGGAGAUUUUCUUGACGAGAUACUCGAGAUAUUUAGGCGUAGACUGCGACGUUAUGCGUAAAGAAUACGCGGUCGGUGUCAUCCCAACCACGGAUACUAUCUACGAAAAUCUCGAAGAGUUGGCGUUAGCUGCGCAAGCGGAGUUGUCGACAUCGGAUAUUCCGUUUUGUGCGUUCAACGGAGGUAACGACGUGUUUGUAGACGUAGGAAACAAGCACAUCGGUUUGCAAGCGCUCAUGAAACACUUGAAGGUGAAAGGAUCACAAACUUUACACGUAGGGGAUAGAUUUACGCUAACCGGUAACGACAGUAAAGUGAGAGAAUCGGCGUCGAUUUUAUGGGUGGCGAACCCGGACGAGACGACUUUUUUCAUGCGUUUGUUAUACCGAGACAUCUUGAACGCCCGCGUGCUUUGA